AUGGACACUGCCAUGGGAAAUGGGCAUUCAAACGGUGUGGACUCGGGUUUUUGCAUUAAAGACCCGUUGAACUGGGGUGUGGCAGCUGAGUCAGUAAAGGGUAGCCACUUGGAUGAGGGGAAGAAGAUGGUGGCGGAGUUUCGGAAGCCAGUGGUGCUGCUUGGUGGCGAAACCUUGACGAUAUCGCAGGUGGCGGCGAUUGCAGCCCGUGAUAAUGCUGUCACGGUGGAGCUCUCGGAGGCGGCGAAGGCAGGAGUUAAGGCAAGCAGUGACUGGGUUAUGGAGAACAUGAACAAGGGUACAGGCAGCUAUGGUUUUGGUUCUACUUCUCAUAGGAGGACCAAACAAGGUGGUGCUCUUCAGACGGAGCUCAUUAGGUUUUUGAAUGCUGGGAUCUUUGGCAAUGGAACAGAAUCUUGUCACACACUACCACACUCAGCAUCAAGAGCAGCAAUGCAAGUGAGGAUCAAUUCCCUUCUUCAAGGCUACUCGGGCAUUAGAUUUGAAAUCUUGGAAGCAAUCACAAAGUUCCUCAACCACAACAUCACUCCAUGCUUGCCCCUCCAUGGUACAAUUUCCGCUUCAGGUGACCUUGUCCCCUUAUCCUACAUUGCCGGAUUACUCACUGGCCGGUCCACCUCCAAGGCAGUAGGACCUGCGGGAGAAACUCUCAAUCCAGAGGAAUCAUUUCAUCGAGCUGGAAUCGAUGGUGGGUUCUUCGAGUUACAGCCCAAGGAAGGCCUUGCACUUGUCAAUGGCACGGCUGUUGGCUCUGGCUUGGCCUCUAUGGUUCUUUUUGAGGCUAAUGUACUUGUUGUGUUAUCUGAAGUUCUAUCAGCUAUUUUUGCUGAAGUAAUGAAUGGUAAACCCGAAUUUACCAACCAUCUAACACACAUAUUGAAGCAUCACCCGGGCCAAAUUGAGGCUGCAGCUAUUAUGGAACAUAUUUUAGAUGGUAGCUCUUAUGUUAAAUCAGCUCUGAAGCUACAUGACAUGGACCCAUUGCAGAAACCGAAACAAGAUCGUUAUGCUCUCCGAACAUCACCCCAGUGGCUUGGGCCACAAAUUGAAGUAAUCCGUUCAGCAACAAAGAUGAUCGAGAGAGAGAUAAACUCAGUGAAUGAUAACCCUUUGAUCGAUGUUUCAAGGAACAAGGCCUUACAUGGUGGCAAUUUUCAGGGUACCCCAAUUGGUGUCUCCAUGGAUAAUACUAGUUUGGCUAUUGCAUAUAUUGGAAAACUCAUGUUUGCACAAUUCUACGAGCUAGUUAAUGACUUCUACAAUAAUGGGUUGCCUUCUAAUCUCUCUAGUGGACGCAACCCGAGUUUGGACUAUGGUUUCAAGGGAGCUGAGAUUGCUAUGGCAGCAUACUGUUCCGAGCUUUAA